CGGUGGGAGCGUAGUUAUUUUUCUAUUUUGUGACUGCGACUUUUGUGAACAUGAAGCGGCCCGGGCGGCAGGCCGGACCCGGCGGUGCGUCAUGUGGGGUUCUACGGACCCUGGUACUGAAAUAAGCCGCGCCGGGCUGUUUUCGCCGGUAAUUCCGGCUUGGGACACCCUGAGGGAAACAUUGUGCAGGUCUUGCAGAUUUAUUAUCGCUAUUGCCCCUUCUUUCCUGAGUCAGCCUGUUCUGUGGAGAUAAAUAGGCUAGAGAGGAAGAGGAGCAGGAGACCCGGGCAGAAGGAAGGCGCAGCACAACAUCAAGAUGUCCCUGAAGUUCGAGCGAUCAGAGAUCGGCCGUGACAGCCCGAGCAUGAGGUCCACGCUGUCCGAUCUCUACCUGGAGACCCUUCUCCAGAACCGGACCACCAGCCAGGGAUUUUCCUCCCCGUCUAAUGUUUUAACGGAAGAGUUUUACACCAAUGGAUCUGCGGCUCCCGGAUGUCCUGAGGAAAAGAAAAAAGUUCGACUAGUGCAAUUUGAAAGGGAGACGGAGGAGCCCAUGGGUAUCACCCUUAAGCUGAAUUCAAAGCAGAAGUGUGUCGUUGCACGCAUUUUACAUGGCGGACUUAUCCACCGGCAAGGUUCUCUUCAUGUUGGUGAUGAAAUUCUUGAAAUCAAUGGGAAAGGUGUCCAAAACCAAAGUGUGGAUCAUCUGCAGAGCAUUUUGAAAGAAAGCAAAGGAACUGUCACUCUAAAAGUGUCACCAACUCAAAGCAACCGCAAGCCCCCACUGCAGAUGUUUAUGCGAGCGCUGUUUGAUUAUGACCCGCUCUCCGACCCACUUAUUCCAUGCCGGGAAGCAGGAUUGCGCUUCUACACUGGAGAUAUUCUGCAAAUCAUAAACAAGGAUGACUCCAACUGGUGGCAGGGAAAGAAACAAGGGGAAGAAAAAGCUGGUCUUAUACCUUCACCUGAACUACAAGAGUGGCGUGUAGCAAGCACUAAUACAAGCAAUCAUGUACCUCAAAGCUGUAGUCCCUUCGGCAAAAAGAAAAAAUGCAAGGAUAAAUACUUGGCAAAACAUAGCUCUAUCUUUGAUCAGCUGGAUGUGGUGUCCUAUGAAGAAGUGGUGUCUCUUCCUGCCUUUACAAGAAAAACCCUUGUGCUCAUUGGUGUCAGCGGGGUUGGGCGCAGUCACAUAAAAAACGUUUUGCUUACAAAAUAUCCGGAGAGGUUCAGCUACCCUUUACCACACACAUCUCGCCCCCCAAAACGUGGAGAAGAAAAUGGAGCGUCAUAUCAUUUUGUGUCUGUGGAAGAAAUGAGCCAAGGAAUCUCAGAAAAUCAGUUUUUGGAGUUCGGAAGCUUUAGUGGAUAUAUGUUUGGGACAAAGAUCCAGACUAUAAAGGAUAUCCAUACUGAAGGAAAGGUGGCCGUACUUGAUAUAGAGCCACAGACCUUGAAGAUGGUUCGUACAGCAGAGCUGGCUACAUUCAUUGUGUUUAUAUCCCCUACUGAUACUGAUAAGUCGGAUGCGCUCCAAAAGCUUCGUGCAGAUUCAGAGGUUCUCCGAGCUCGCUAUGCACAAUACUUCGACCUGACCCUAGUUAACAAUGAUGUGGAACAAACCGUUAAAGAUCUACUAGGGGCUCUUGAUGCAGCAUGUGUCUCUUCCCAGUGGGUCCCAGUGACCUGGGUAUAUUGACACCGUUACUAUACCAUACAAGCCAACAACCACUCCAGUAUAGGGUAUUGCACAAAAUAUAACAAAUGCUCCUUGAACAGAUUUCCGUGCAGUCCUUCAAGAUUUAUUAUCAUUUGCCUCAGGUCAGGAUCCCAUUGUCUGCUAUGGUUGCACAGUUCUGACAGUUCAAAUAUCCCAUCAACAAAAUAUAGACCUGUCCCUGUAAAGUACAGUGACUUUAGUAUUGUCCGUUUUAUUUCAAGUAAUAGAAAUUAAGCAUCAAGUAAGUGUUCAUCUGUGUUGGGAAGUUAGGACGGAUGUUUAAAUUUCUAUAAAAGAGGAAUGUAUUGGACUGACUGGUAUUGCUGUUUGCACACAGUAAAAGCGUAGCGUGGGUCAGUACUUGUUCUUUCCAUAUUUGUAAUUUGGUGAACUAUAUCUAAAGAACGUAGGUCAGUCCACAAAAUGAUACCAAUCAUGAAUGGCCAUAAAUACCACUGUGCUUAUCCCAUAAUAACAUGAAUAUAUGUUUGCUAAAGUGUAAUAACCAUUACCUUCCAUGUCUACUCUGUGAGGCUUUGUGAACAUUGCAGUUUUUUUCCAAAUAUUCUAGAGCAGGUGGUUUUUAAAAGUAUAUAUAUAUAUGUUUGAAGGUGCCAACAACCUCCUCCAGAACCUCCUUUUAUCAGUUAAAUAUAUUUGUACUGCUUUUUAAAGCUCAGAAUCAUGUUCAUUGUUGCAGGAAGACAUCUAUUUAAUCUCAAGGAAGAUCCUAAGACGUUAUUGCAUUGACAUGGAUGUAAACCAGUAAAGUAAAGUAUAUUGAAUAAA